AUGGAUGCACUAAUUCAGGUUGCACACUUGUCUGAGGAGGAUCUCCUUAGCUUAUCGGAAAGAGUGGCGGAAAAUUUGGCCAUUGCCUUCGACAGCUUAUCGCAUGAAGCCCAUGACGCAAGGGACCGGUUGAAACGAUGCGAGGAGGAGCAAAAAAAAGAAGUAAAUAAGCUGCAGAAGGAAUGCUCUACUCUUCGGUGUGAGCUCGAGUCUGUCAACGGAAACCUGACCACGCUUCGUGAAGCUCUUGCCAAGGAAGAGAACAAAUGCUUAGAAUUUGCAAAAGAAAGGGAUGAUUUGAAUCAAAAACUUGCUGAUAGUCUCUCUAUCUCCACCGAACUUGAGUUGGUAAUCAGACGUCUCGAAAAUGACAAGGAGAGCUUGAACGAACUUUUAAGCAAAAAGAUGUUAGAAUGCGAACAGACAUCUGCUGAAUUACGAGAGGUCCAAAACGAGGUCCAAUCAGCACGACGUCUGAAGUCAGAUGCCAUAACUCAAUUAGAGGAAGUGAAAACCGAAAAAGCUCUUCUUGCUCUCCGUGAAAAGCGAUUACAGGAGACAAGCGAGUCUAUGCAAAAUCAGAAUCUUUGGCUAGAAGAAGAACUACAUAAAGCAAAUGAUAAACUACUAUCUUUUCGACGGGAUAACUCGGAGAGGUUUUUAAACCUUGAAUCGGAAUUGGUCUCCAAAAAGACGGAGCUUGAGAAUGCUGAAGCCACCAUAUCCAAAUUAGAGGAUCUCGUCAGCCAAUUAACGAAGUCCAAUGAUGGUCAUAUUGAAAAGCUGAAAUUGCGCACGGAUGAGCUCGUUAAUAUGGAACAACUACAUGCCAAUGAACUAGAAGCUCAGCGUAAGCUUACGGAUCUAUACAAGGACCAGGCUAGUGAUGUUGAGAAAAAGUAUGAAGAAAUGCAAAAAGCCGUGGCUGAAAUGCAGGAGAUGCUUAAGCAAGGGCAUGAGCAUGUAUUUCAAUUGCAAUCGGAGAAAACUAGUGCUAUCAACGCUAUAGCAGCUGAAAAGGAUAAAUUGGUGUCCGAAAAUGCGUCUCUUAGCCGUGAGCUAGCCGCUGCAAGAGAAAUCGUCGAUAAAUUUCGUAUCCAAGGCCUCUCGGAAGACGAACUCCGAAGACUCAACCCCGCUGUAGCUACUACCAUAGCCUCUCUGAAACGCGGAAGAAGUCUCACCGAAAUAUAUUCGGACUAUGUGCAGGUUGUUGAAGAAAGGGAUCUACUGAAGUUGGACAAAGAACGCCUGACAGAACACAUUCGGGAAAUGAUGACGCAGUUGGAGGAGAAGGCUCCUUUGCUACGAUCACAACAGGAGGCCUUUUAUAAAAGCAGAGACCGAGUUGCGGAAUUAGAGACACAGUUAGCGUCUGCUUUGGCGAAUGCUAAGGAACAACAUGAUAUUGCGGAAGAUCAACGUCGUCGCUCAGCCUAUUUUCAGCGCCAAAAUAAGCUUUUAAAACAGAGUUGUAAGGACCUUUCCGUCCAGGUGAAAACUUUACUUCAUGAAUUGGAAACUGCUCGGGGAACAGUCAUAACAUCUACAGAGGAAGGAAACAUUCAAAUCUUCCCCGAUAGCAGCACAGGUGAUAUUGACAGCCGCAAGCUUCUCAGUCUCUGUUCGAAUGAUAGCACAACUGCUGCCUCAGUAAUCGACAACAAUUUGGUUACCUUUCGUAGCCUCUCAGAUUUGCAGACGCAGAACACGCGACUUCUUCUAGUUGCAAGGGACUUGGCAGCUCAGUUAGAGGAUCAUGAAUCUAAGAAGGAUCUUUUGAAUACUCAAGUAGCUGAAAUCACGGCCAAGGUAGAGGUGCUUUCAGGCGAAGUCGACGUGGCUCGCUUAGCCGCUUCAGAGGCGAGAUCAGAAGCUAGCUUUGCUGUACGCCAGCGCGAUGUUUAUAAGACUCUACUCCGACGUCAUGCGAUACCAUUACCGGAUUUUCCUUCCCACGACGAAUCACCGUCACGAGAGCGUGAUGAUUCAGCUAAAAAUCCUCAUGAUAAUGCAAUUGUCCUCGUUCAUGAUAAUCAGUUAAUAUCUACAUUGGAUGGGAACAGCGGUUCGACACAAGUGCUGCAUCAACCCCAAACGAUAUUGAAACUGGAAGAGUCGCUGUGCUCUUUGCAUACUGAAUUCAAGCAGUAUCGCGAAGACAAAGCGAAGUCUGACGAAGUCUACACGGAUACGAUUGAGAAGUUGCGAAAGGAGUCUACUGAAGCGAGAAUUCUUAACCAAAAAUUGGCAGCCCAGCUGGACUUCACUCAUGAGAAGUUUCGUACCUUGGAGUCUAACGUGGCCAACUACAAGCAAGAGAUUUCCAUCCUGCGUGAAAUGAAUGCGCGCUACACAACCUCAGCAGCAGCGAGUGAUGAAGCCCUUGCUGCACUGCGUGAACAAUCUGCACGCACUAGCGAUCGUUUGGCGGCCACCGAGGUGGAAUGUCGUCAACUGAUCCGUCAACUGGAGCAUGCUCGGGCUAAUGAGGCGCGUCUUUCGCAUGAACUUGAAAUUGCUCAAAAGACUACUCUUAUGCAUGAGAACCUCAUGCAUCAGCUGCAGUCAAUUCAGACCUAUUUGGAGCAUCAGGGUGAGACGGAAGCGCGAGAGGCUACUCGUCACAUAGAGACGUUAGAGGCUAAACUUGAAGAGUUAAAAAAGACCUCUGAUGACAAGCAGGAGCAGUUGCUAUCUCUUAACGCAACGCUACAGUCAGAACUUUCGCACACUAGACAGUCGCUUCGUAUUGCUGAGGAUGAAGCUUCGCAACUGCGAGCAGCAAUUGCUACUAAGAAGUCGUCUCCAACGGAUUCACACACUGGAAUAUCCGGACCUUCGGAUCUUCAAUCGCAAUCAUCUUCGCUGCCGCCAAAUGACCAGUCCGUGUUGACUGAUGUCACUUCAGGUGAUGGAGCUCAAUCCAUGACUAUACAGUUGCGAAAUGUGGAGCAUGAGUGCGCUUCUCUUCGCGUCUCCCUUGAGGCAGCCCGUAAGCAAUGCGACGAGUACAAGCAGUUGGGCAUCGAAAUGGAGGCUCAUAUUGCCAAACUUACAGAGGAACGGAAGGAUCUUGAGCGUUUUCACAUGCAAGAACUUGAAGACGUCAAUCAACGUUGUGAUUUGCUCAGCUUGCAGCUGAACAUGGAGGAGAGUGAACGUCAUGACCUGAUACAUGAGAAGACGCUUCUUACUGAAGAAUAUAAGACUUCGCUGAAGAAGCUGCGAGAAGAACUGACUUCAGCACAGACAUCACUGAGGAAUGCGGAGGAGCGUCAGGAGGCCGCACUCAAGUUAGAGUCGUCAGCUCACUCCGAAGUCGUUGCCCAUAGGAAAACGGCCCAGGAAGCUAGAGAGAAGUAUGAAACAGAACUCCGUCUCCAUGCGCAGGAUGUACAACUGUUGACGGAGGCUAGAAAGUUAGCUGACGAAGCACGGGCAGAAGCUGAAACUCUUCGAGUUACCCUAGAGACGACUAAAGCAUCGUUAAGGCAAUCAGAAGAGCAAUUAACACUUCAGACUAGCCUCUGGGAGGAGUCACGUGGACGUCUAGUUAAGCGGGUGGAGGACGCCGAUGCGGAGAUCAGUCGCCUCCAGGAUCAGAUUCUGACGCUGACGGAGCAAAUAGUGAGUCUUCGCAAAUUAAUGGAUCGCUCCACUGAUCAGUCCUUCUCCUUGGAAGAGUCAGGUGGACAGAUUAAAGAAUCUGAGGACUUUAUACACCUAUUAGAGUACCUCCGCAAACAAAAGUCGAUUGCCGAGGCGGCAGAAGAGUCCGCCAACGCAGAAGUGAGUCGCCUGCACUUACGCACCAAAUCGUUGGAGAUGCAAGUUGCUGAUCUUGAGGAAAAGCUGGCAGAAGAGCGCCGACGAAACGAGGUCCAGCUGGAGACUUCUAGUCAACAUGCCAACCUUAUGAAGCAAAUUGACCAAGUCAACUUGCUUAACGAAUCCAAUCGCCUUCUAAGGCAGGAGCGCCAGGCGAUCCGUGAUGCAGCAGUUCGAGCAGAAGAUCAGCUGGCCGCUUUGACUAGAGAUAUGGAACCGCUUCGUAGGCAAUGCAAAGAAUUAGAGGACGCGCGGGAGAUUCUAGCUUUGGAGAAGCAUUCGCUUGCCGAGGAACGCGAUCGGUGGAAGGAGCGUUGCACGCGCCUUGUGGAGACCUCCAAGCGAAUGGAUCCCGAGGAAUACAAGCAGGCUUGCAAUGCUCGGGACCAGUUGCAGGCUGCUUUAGAGGCUACGGAGGAGGCAAAAGCAACUGUGGAGCGGGAAUUAACGGCUCGUAUUGUCGCCCUUGAACAGGAGACAGCGGAAAUCUCAUCUAGUCUCGCUCAACGUGAAUCUGAAGGCAAGAGCUUUACUGCAAAGCUCGAAUCUCUUCAGGAACAAUGCAAAAUGCAAGAAGAUGAGUUGUCAAAGAGGCAAGUGAAGAUCACGAAGCUUCGUGAGAUUGGGCGCAAGUAUCGUCAAGAGGCAGAUGAAUUAAAACGUCAACUAUCCAGCACCCAGGAACAAGAAAGGAACAUCAAGACAACUGAGGAGGCAAUGAUUGCUGUUCGUGCAGACCUCUUGAAUGCCCAAGCUAACCUACAGAUUGAGCAGGAGCAGUCGUCAAUGUUGAGGCAAGAAAUGGAUCACGUUCAGCAAUUGAUUGAUCGCGUUGAGUCCUUGCCUGAUUUGGAUCCCCUCAAGGCCGCACCGACGGAUUCGCUGAUCGGAAGUAAUUUACCAACAUCUUCUCGCGCUUCAUUCACAUAUAAUCGUCUAAAUCAUCUUUUUUCUGCAAUGGUUGCUGAGCUUCAUCGUAUGAGGGGUCAAGCAGAGGAGCAAUCAGAACGACUCCUCCGUAUGCAGCUAAUUGAGUCCCAACUGGCUAAAAGUAAAAGCCAAUGCGAUGAACUGAAAGCGCAGUUGGCAUCGGUCAUGACAGCUGCUUCCAACGAAGUCGUCAACACCGCGAAUUCUGCUGCUGCUACCAUAGCUUUGGGAGAAGCAGUAGAUCAACCAACCUCAUCGCCGGAGACUACGAGCAAUGCACCAGCUACAAAAGCGGCUGUCUCGACAUCUACGGGGGCUGCUUCUUGGGGAUUGCGAGCUGCAGCAACAGUGCAGCCUGUGCAGACGUCCCCUCCAUCCACGGCUUCCCCAAGCCCUCUCUCGGCUGCUGCCAGGCAGACGGCAGAAAUUCGUCCUCUGCCUAACUUUGUAGCCACGGUUCUUCCCACCACUACGACAGGAGUCGUUGUGGAGCCCCAAGCUAGUAUUGCUAGCAACAGCUACCUCUCACCUCUAAAUACUCAACCUGGUGAAACUACUGUCAGUGUAAUUGGAAGCGUCCAAACUACAGAUCCGCAGUUACUUUCUACAGCCUCGAUGAAACCUUUCGCAAGGUAUCCUUCAGCUUUACAACCGGUUGCGGGUCCGUCGUGUGUUUCCUCUGAGGACCUAACUAGUUCUGGUACUUCAUUCUCUCGAUACUCUGUAGUUGCGAAACGUACUUACGAUGAGGCAAUUUUGAAUGAUGAACCCCAUCAGACGGUGGCAACAACAGAGAGUGAAGAGGGCGAGACCGCCUUCCCUCCAGCCGCUUCUGCCUCGUCUGACAUUCAGGUAUCGAAGCGUCUUAAGCCCACCACGUUUUCUUCCUCUACUGCCAUCAGCAGUACUCCUAUGCUAUCGGUGCCUAUGGUUAACACCCCUCCAAUAGCUACCACUAUUGCGUCUCCUGCGAUUACCGGUGAGGCCGAGGCUGCAGAAGACGAUAUUGGGGUGGAAGAGACGGCGAAUGACAUUGAAAACAUGGAAAAAGAGGGCGAAACAGAGGGAGAUCCAGUUGAGGAGGGUGAUGAGGCACCUCUUGCAGAUUUUAAUGACGUUGAGGACACUGGUAUUGAAUACGAAAGGGAGGAGCAAGACGAUUUCUGUCUCUCCACUGAGGCUUCCAAUGACCAGCCUGGACGGAUGAAUCAGGGGCUUGAGGAGGGGGAGGAAAAUACAAAUGAUGAAGUGGAAGAGGAGGAGGGAAAUGAUGUUCAAACAGACUUUGAAGCUGAUGAGGGUGAUGAUGAUGGCGGUGAUGGCAAUGAAGAUGAGGAGGUGGAGGAUGAGGAAGAGGAGCAAGAAGAAGAGGGAGGAACCAACAUCCCAGUGAUUAUUCUUAGUAGCGGCGAAGAGGUCAAUGAAGAUGAGGAGGCAGAGGAGGAAGUUGAGAUCGGAGAUGAAUCCAAUGCUGAAGAUGUGGAAGGGGAGAACGAAGACGAAGUAGAGGAAGCGGAGGAGGAGGAAGAAGAGGGAGAAGGUGAUGAGGUAGUUAGAAGUGGCGGCGAAGAGGAAAGUCAAAAUGAAGAUACGGAGGGUGAAGAGGAUGUCGAGGACAGGGCGCCUGAAGGCGAAGUGACAGAAUGUUCUCGAUUAUCUGCAGUCGCAUCUACCUCAUCACAGAACACUUCACUUUUCACCCAAAGUGGUAUUGAGCCUCCCAGUUCCCUCUUCUCUACCUUACCUCCCAAAACUGGUGGACUGUUUUCUAAUUGGAAAACCGUGGCCUCUACUGAUGUCAAGCCCACCUCACUUUUUGGAGGCAUGACGACCUCUGCUCCGCGAAGCACCUUUUCAAGUGGUUUGACACGGCAACCUCAGUCCAGCAGUUCUAUUCGUCAACCUAUUGCUCCUGGAUCUGCCUCAAUCUUCACGAGGUUUUCUGCUCCAACAGGUGGUGCCGGAGAAAUGGUACCCGGCCCCAGCAAACAGAAGAUCCGUCCUAUUGUGUGGACAGAAUCAUCAGACGUUCCCAGAAAGUACUCCGCCCCUUCUUCUGGGACAUCUGUCCCCGGUCUCUUUGGCCCUCCACUAGGUGUUCUUGGUCGUCGCAAGAACUGGCCCCCCUUUGGUGGUGGAGCUGGUAGAGGAGCUCCCAGAGGUAGUCAUCGGUAA